ACACAUGCAGGAGUGAACGGCGGCGAAGGAGCCACAAGUUAUGAGUUCCACUGCCACCGGUUACCGGAGAGGCUGUCCGUGAACAGAGAGCCGACACAGACAAAGUCACAAGUCCAGUCUGAGUUCAAAGGCUUAACUCUGAAUUCUUGCCAUGGCCGACGUGCUGGAGAGUGGCGGGUCAGGAACUGUUGGAGCGGCCAGCGUGGAUUGGCAGAAACGUUGCGUUGCUCUGGAGAUGCAACUGCUGAGGUUCCGGCUCCAGGCAGGGAAAAUCCGAGAACUGUUGGCAGAGAAGAUGCAGGAGCUGGAGCAGAGGGUGACGGAGGCGGACCAACGGGCUGAAAACGCUGAGAAACAGAUCCAUGUCAUGGAAGAAAAACUGAAAUCCGCAAACAUACAAACCAGCGAAUCAGAGAGCUCUUUGUACAGAAAAUAUCAAGACCUGACCAGUCAGAUUCAAGAAAAAGAUGCAGUGAUAAAGAGAUUAGAGAUGCAGCUGGAAAAACAGAUCUUAGUCAGAGCCCAGGAGGCAAAAAUUAUUGAGGAGAAGGCUGCCAAGAUUAAAGACUGGGUCACCUUUAAGCUUCGAGAGAUGGAACAGGAGAACCAGCAGUUAAAACUGGCCAACCUGAAGCAGACAGAACAGAUAAUACUGCUGCAGGACAAACUCCAAGCCCUCUUAGACAAACCUGCACCACCUGGAUCUCCUGCCGCCUCCCCUCUAAUGGACACCCACCUGGUGCCCAUCAGCCCUCUGUUUCCUCCCAGCAGCCCCGGCACUCCGCCUGCCCAGGACGACAGCUGGAGACAGCCUGGUACCCGUGGAGCCCUCUGUGUUAUCAAACAGUCACUAACAGACUGCAAAAGGAGUCCGGAUCAGCCCAGUAAAGGGACUGGCCUUGGAGACCUCACAGCCCAUGAUGUGCUUUCUCAGCCUUCGUCCUGCGGUGGUCCGGACGUCCCAGUCGCCCCAGACGGUUCAACAGGAUGCUCCGACAGGGACAACUCCUCAGAUGAGCUCAACAGCAAGUUCCGCUCUCAGUGCCUCCACUCCUCCUCAUCCUCAUCCUCUUCAUCCUCAGCCUAUGAGAUGGCCCAUGGACCCAGUUCUCCAGAGCCCCCCAUCAGAAUACCUAAAAGCCCACUUCUGUCUCGCUCUCCUUCGACCAACAAUCCCUUUCCAAAUGCCUCUCAGACUCCGGUUCACCAGUCAGGCACCAGCAUGACCUUACCCAAGGUAAGGACUCCGCUCACCCCUAGAGACAGCAUCCAGCUGGUCAAGAAACACUACAGCCAGCCGCAGCCCAGCCUGGACAGACUGCACCAGCUCAACGUCAGCAUUGACAUCAUGACCUCAUCCUCCACUUCCUCCACCCUCAAGAGCACAGGGACUGCCACGUCCCCCUUCUCCCAGGUUGUUGAAGAAACAGACAUUGACGACGGACUUUCUGACAGCAUGGACGGGGUGGUGGAGGGGCCAGGAUUAGAGGAGCCGUGCCCAGAUGGGGUCUCCUUCGUAGGACUUGCAGAAGAGCUGGAGCGCUUGGAUCCAGAGGUUUUGAAGCCACCGACUCCACCCUUACAUCGUUUUCCUUCAUGGGAGAGUCGGAUCUACGCUGUGGCCAAGUCAGGAAUGAGAGUCUCAGAAGCCGGUCCUGGAGCCAGAGCGCCUGGACAAGGAUCCAACUUACCGCAGUAUCCAGCAGCAGGUCCAUUCACUCAGCUGAUCUAUAAAAACAUUAGUGUUCCCGUCUAUACCACACUUAAAGGGAAAGCCACUCAGAUCAGCAGUGCACCGCUGCCAGAUGAUGACUCUGGGUCUGAGGAUGACAGCAGCUCCCUGGCCAGUUUACGCACUUCCAUCCUGAGUCCAGACAAGAAGGGCAGUGUCCCCGGAAGCCCACGAGCUGUGAAGAGAGGUGUGUCCAUGUCCUCCAUCAGCUCAGAGAGUGACUACGCCAUUCCUCCAGAUGCCUAUUCCCUGGACAGUGACUACUCUGAACCAGAACACAAAGUCCAGCGCACUUCGUCUUACUCCUGUGAGAGCACAGGACCUGAGAUGCUGGAAAAGUCUGGGUACCUACUGAAGAUGGGCAGUCAGGUGAAAGCGUGGAAGCGUCGCUGGUUCAUCCUGAGGAAUGGAGAGAUCCUCUACUACAAAUCUCCUAGCGACGUCAUCAGGAAGCCUCAGGGUCAGAUCGAGCUCAACUCCUCGUGUCGUAUAGUGCGUGGAGAAGGAGCCCAGACCUUUCAAUUGAUUACGGAGAAGAAGACUUUCUAUCUGACCGCUGAUUCACCAAACAUUCUGGAAGAGUGGAUCAGGGUUUUGCAGAACAUACUUAAGGUCCAAGCCAGCAGCCCAGUUGUCGUGGAAACCACUGCUAAGCCCACUGUGAGAGGUUGGCUUACAAAGGUCAAACAUGGACACUCUAAGCUGGUGUGGUGCUCUUUGGUUGGAAAAGUCUUCUACUACUAUCGGAACCAGGAAGACAAGUUGCCUCUGGGCCAGCUGCAGAUGCGGGAGGCUUCGGUCCAAGAGGUGGAUCGCUCCUGUGAUUCAGACGAGGACUAUGAGGCAGGAAGUCGAGGCUUCCUCUCCUCUCACUGCACCUUAGUGGUCCAGCCAAGCGACCAGAGUCCGACGUACCUGCUCAUUGGCACCAAGCAGGAGAAGGACACAUGGCUCUAUCAUCUGACUGUGGCAGCAGGCAGCAGCGCUAACUUUAGAGUGGGCACUGAGUACGAGCAGCUGGUUGGUAAACUCCUCGAUGCAGAAGGAGACCCAGACUCUGCCUUGUGGAAGAGCGAGGCCUUGAGCUUCUGUAAGGAGGGUCUGCACUCCCCUCUUACCACGCUGCCGUCUGAAGCGCUGCAGACAGAGGCUCUGAAACUGUUCAAGUCCUGUCAGCUCUUCAUCAAUGUGCUGGUUGAGUCUCCAUCUGUCGACUACCACACGUCGCUGGCCCAGAAUGCUUUGCAAGUGUGCCUGACCCACCCGGAGCUGCAGAACGAAAUGUACUGUCAGCUUAUUAAACAGACAAAUCGCCGGACGCCACACAACUACUCUCUCACUCAGUGCUGGCAGCUGUUGUCUUUGUGUGUGGCUUUGUUCCUUCCUCAACAACAUUUCCUCUGGUACCUGAGGCAGUACCUGCAACGGAACGCUGACCCAAGGAGUGAAGUGGGGAAGUACGCAGUGUACUGUCAGAGGACGCUGGAGAGAACGCUGCAGAACGGAGAGAGAGAGGCCAAACCGUCACGUAUGGAGAUCGUCUCCAUCCUGCUGAGGAACCCCUACCACCAUUCACUGCCGUUCAGCAUCCCAGUCCAUUUCAUGAACAACACCUAUCAGGUGGUGGGUUUUGACGGCUCCACCACAGUUGAGGAGUUCCUCCACACACUGAACCAGAGGAUUGGCAUGAGGAAACCUCAGCUGUCCGGGUUUGCCCUCUUUACUGAUGAUCCAUCCGGUAAAGACCUGGAACACUGUCUGCAGCCGUCGGCCAAGAUUUGCGAUGUCAUUUCCAAAUGGGAGCAGGCCUUAAAGGAGCUGCACCCUGGCAAGAAUGAGGGAACACGGAUUGUCCGCUUAACGUAUAAGAGCAGGUUGUGUUUCCAAUCUCAGGUAAAAGGCGAGACAGAGCGAGAGCGCCUCCUUCUGGCGUACCAGGUGAACGACAAAGUCCAGCAAGGCCACUUCCCUGUCAACAAAGAGCUGGCUCUGGAGGUCGCUGCCCUGAUGGCCCAGGUUGAACAUGGGGACUUAGAGCGUCCGGCCGCCUCCCCCCCCGCUGGCUCCCCUCAACCCAAAUCUCAGCUGAUUCUGCUUCAGGCCUUGGAGCGAUUCUUCCCCAAACGCUACAGACUGGACUGCAGCUCAGAGCAGCUCAGAGAUCUUACUGAGCGUCUGGCCACUAAGUGGUCUAUGCUACGUGGGUGCAGUGCAUCCGAGUGUGUGAGAAUUUACCUAACUGUGGCUCGGAAGUGGCCCCUGUUUGGAGCCAAGCUCUUCAGCGCUAAGCCUGUCCCUCCCUCUCCUGUUGAGCAGAGCCAGGUGUGGUUGGCAGUCAGUGAGGAUGGAUUAUGUGUGCUGGACCACACCAUGCACACGUUGGUCACAUACUCGUACCAGUCUGUGAUUACCUUUGGCGGUUGCCGUGACGACUUCAUGGCAGUCAUGAGCCAACAGAGGGAGCCUGGGGUUGGGAAGAAGAGUGUGGAGAAGCUGGUAUUUGCAAUGGCUAAACCAAAGAUCUUGGAGCUGACUCUGCUCAUGGCCAGCUACAUUAACCACUGGAACCCCAGCCUCCAGUCGUACUCACAGCAGCCCCAUGGCCACUGGGACGUAGACAGCAGGCACUUCCCCUCCAUGAACUACACCACCAAGGGCCCCACUCUACUGUGAAAGACAUGAGAUGAGACAAAACUACAGGGAGGCUUGGUGACAGCCGUUACCAUUAAUCCAUAAUCUGUGUGGAGCGCGUCGGGUUGCAUGUCUAUGUUCUUCCCUCUUAGAGAACAGGUACUAGGAGAUUAUUUUUUUAAGCAUUUGUUAUAAAGAUUAAGAUUUAGAAAUGUUAGGGACGCUUCCUGUGAGAAUAUUUAUUUCUACAACAAAAGAGUGUUACAGCUCUGCUUCAUUUAGUUGUAAGGUUAUGUUCAAAUGCAUUGUUGAAAAUGGAUGUUAGAAAGAAGUUCAGUACUACA